AUGAGGCUUCCUCCGGUGGAUGGGAUUGGUGAUCAUAACCUGGAAAAUGCCCCAUUCUUUGAUCUGCAGCUCGCGGUGGAAGCAGCAGCCGAGCUGCUGGCAACGGAGAAGCUCGAGGUUGUGGACUUCACCAGCCGCAUGGAUCUCUCGACGGAUCCCGGACACUACGUCGUCUUCUGGGAGAUAAGCGGGGAAGCCCAGGACGAGCUCCUCCAGGAGUGCUGCAACUGCCUCGACAGAUCCUUCGUUGACGCAGGGUACAUGAGCUCGCGCAAGGCACGAGCCAUCGGGGCGCUGGAGCUCCGGAUCGUGAGGAAGGGGGAUACUGGACCACUACAUAGGGCUCGGGGCAGCCGUCAGCCAGUUCAAGACGCCACGCUGUGUGGGCCCCACGAACGACACCGUGCAGCAGAUCUUGUCCGUGAAUGCCGUCGGGAGCUACUUCAGCACUGCGUUUGAACUAGUCUGUUU